AUGAUGCUCCAAUCGGAUAGGAUUUCACCCAUUGGCGUCGCGUUACUCCUAUACCUGGCAACUUCCAUUGGACACGCCUUUGCACCUCGAUCGGUGCUGACUUUGCGCCGCAUUACUCAGCCUUCCAACCCACGCCAAGCCAGUUCCACGGAUGCUGACGACGGUGGCAUGUUCUUUGCAAGUGCGUCCGAUGAAACUUUGCUGGCUCGGCCCGGUAAUGCCACGAACGAUGAUGCCGCUACCGCUGAUGCAGGACAAGUCAACAACCAAUCCUCUCGGCAAAGUCGGGUUCUGGGAUCACAGGAACUACUCAUGCUACCACGUCAAUACGGUCCCAAAAGGGACAAGGUAAUCUUUCCACAAAUGAACCACGUUUCCUGUGCGAUUCUAUCGGCGACGCCCUCCGACACCGUCCUGCAAAAAGCACUAGAUGCUGCCAUGCAGGCUCACCCCUUGUUGCACUGCCGAGUAGAUGGAGACGGCGAGCCUGAUAAACGAAUAGAUCUAUUUCAAAUGGUUCGGCAAGGCGAACCCAAUCCUUGUACCUUUGUGUCGGAGCCCAACUUGUUUUCGGCCCUAGACGUACUCAAGGUCAUCGACGUGCCUAGUACCGACCGGGAGGCCCUCGAUCAAUCAUGGCAGAAAAGUUUCAACAAAAACUUGGACGAUGGGAGUUGGUGUGACGCCGCGAAAGGCCCAUUGUGGAAAGUAGAACUCCAUAGAACUGCAUCUAGCAGUGGUCCGUGCGCUUUACUAUUCUCCUUCAACCACGCCAUUUCCGAUCAAAGCAGUGCCAAUCGCCUUCUGGAUCAAAUUUUGCGUAACGUGGCCGAACUCGAAAGCUUAGGAUCAACUACACCGGCGAUUCCGCAGACCAUGCCGUUGGCGUUAGAAGACUCGGUCAUGGGAGUGUCGCGGCGCUGGAGUGACGUGCAGAUGGACGGAGUUGGUACCGACACCAUCCGGUACGUAGUCAAUAAGGCCGCCGAAGGUUUGCGCAAUCCUGUUAUCGUACCGGAUUCGGCCGGACGAAAAGAAGGGAGUAAUCCACUGAAUGCCCUUACCAUCAUUUCAGGCCGUGCGGCCGGCGGUCAAGAUAACGAAAGUCAAUCUCGGCGAUCCACUUUACAAUUUAGAUCACUCUCGCGGGAAAGCACGUCAGCUUUGCUAGCCAAGUGCCGAGAAAAUGGAGUGUCGAUAAGCAACGCCCUGACGGCAGCUGCGGCCCUCACGGCGACAGAUGUCAUCGACAAUGGUAAGCCAAAAAGAAAAUCACGCAACUACAAAGUAUUGCAAUCCUUGGACAUGAGAAGAUACGGAGCGAAACUUGACCAAGGAGAAAGUGUCGCUUGCAUGGCGGGUAGUAUGGAUUUGAUGCUUGGGCCUCUUGCGGAUCGGUCUGGAAGGACCCUGAAACAGACUUAUACGCCGGAAGCAGCCACUAUUUUUUGGAAUUUAGCAAGAGAAAUCCACUUGACUGCCGAGUCAAAAGACAAUAAAGGACGUGCCUACAGUGCAGGUAUCACCAAUGUGGGUGUCUACGAAAGUCAAGAAGCUUUUGCUCGCAUUGAUCAGUCUGAGCCCGCUGUUCUCCUUGUUGAACACGGAAAGUACAAAAUUCAAGAUAUAUUCUUUGCAACAACUCAUACCCGAUCAGGAUGCCUAUACCCAGCUUCCUGUAUUACUGUUGACGGCUCGCUCAAAAUGACCUUUAAUCCGGUAGCUCCUAUCGUCAGCGAUAAGACUAACGCCAACUUUGCGGAUGGGUUUGUGGAACUUCUCGAGAUUGUUGCCGGGGUAAGCCAAGGCACAAUUAAAAAGGAUGAAGAGAGGAUGGGGCUCUUAGCGUCCAUCCCAGAGAAUGCGCUUUCAGCUGCAACGGCAGUUGUUGGACUAGCAGCAGUCUUGUCACACGCCCCAGCAUGGCUAGACUUUUUUUCAUCCGUGAACGAAAUGAAGCAGAACAUUCAAGACCCGGCCGACUUUUGGGCCGCCCUCAACUUUUGGAUCUUUUUUGCAGUUGGACAUCCUAUUCUCCAGCCUAUUCUGUGGAUAAGCGAUGUUCUACACGCAAGUCCUGGUCCUAAGAUCGGAGGCCUCAUUCCAGCCACCUUUUUGGCCGGAAACCUUGCAUUUAUUGCUUUGAUCACCAAGUCCAAAGAGAUUCGCAAUGCAGUCAACAUUGCCGCACUCGCGGCGUUCUUAACGUACGUUGGCUCUGGCUUGGAUGGAACGGCUGGCACAGGCGACUUUAAUUUGGCACUAGAUGAUAGCUACAAAGGGCAAAUAGUAAGAGGAUGUCCCUCUUAUGACGAAGUCCGUCAGCCAAGUAUGGACAAUUUUGAUCUGGAAAAGUAUCAGGGCCUAUGGUAUGAGCAAAAAUUUCAUGAUUGGACUCAAUUCAAAGAAGUAUACGAUACGACCCUUGAUAUAAAGCUAACCGAAGGAGGGAAGGGUUGGGUUGAUGACUUUGCUGUCAAAGGGCCGGCUCCAGACGCUGCCAAGCUCUCGUGGGACAAGAGCCCUGUUGCCAACGGAGCUCACUACUUUUUGUUUGGACGAGUGGAUCCGAAUGAUCCGCCAGGUAUUCUACGGGAGAAAGGCUUCGGCGUCGAAUUUCCGAACUACAUUGUCGACGUGAAGAAAGAUCCUCAAACUGGCGAUUACAAGGAAGCCAUUCAGUUUCAAUGCUUGGAACGGGGUGGCGUCCGCGUGUUUGAGGGUAUUAAUUUCAUGUCUCGCAAUCCUACCAUGACAGAUGAGGAGAUGACUGCAAUGCAUUCACGUGCAGAGCGAGCGGGUAUGUACCCCUAUGGAGCUAGUCCGGAGCAGAUGCACACUGUAGCACGACGACCGGUGAAUGCCCCGGAGAUCGACAACAAUUGGCAAGCCAUGUGGCGUGCUCUAGGCGUUGACAAGCUGCUAGAACUCUUGACACAAUCAAUCGAAGAUGGAGGGCGAUAA